CAUGGCUCUUAACAGUAGUGCCAACAGCAACAGUAAAUCUGAGAAGCCAGUGUCUCUAAUCUGGGGAUGUGAACUAAACCAUGAGAAACAAACCUAUACAUUCAAGAUCCCAGAUGAGUGGAAGUAUGAGCAGCAGCUGGCCCUGCGGACAAUCUGCCUAGGAGAAAAAGCCAAAGAUGAGUUCAAUGUUGUGGAGAUUGUACCCUCCGAAGACAGCCAGGAUACCGCACCUGUGCCCCUAGCAACUCUGAAACCUUCAGUACUGCCAAUGGCCACCAUGGUAGGGGUUGAGCUGACUCCUCCUGUCACCUUCAGGUUGAGAGCUGGCUCUGGCCCAGUCUACAUCACUGGACAACACAUUACAUUGGUACCGGAUCUCUCCUGGGAUGAGGAGGAGGAGGAAGAGGAGGAGGUGGCUGAGGAAGAAGAAUCUCAGGAGGAUUCUCCCCCCAAAGCCAUCAAGCAUCCAGCUUCCAACAAGCGGGGUAGCAUUGCCAAGAAGAAGAAGAUGGAGAAAGAGGAAGAGAACCAUAGCCUCACUUUGCUCCCUUUGCAGGGAAAAGGAGCUGGCAGAGGGAGAAAGCCAGCAGUGAAGAAAUAGUGAUCUGCAGCGAGGUAUCUACGAGGGCCUGGUACAGAAGAGACCAGAGAGAUUUUUGUGCUGUUUUCUG